CGCCGCGGAACAUGACGGCGCCCUGGGCGGCCCUCGCCCUCCUCUGGGGAUCGCUGUGCGCCGGUUCCGGGCGCGGGGAGGCCGAGACGCGGGAGUGCAUCUACUACAACGCCAACUGGGAGCUGGAGCGCACCAACCAGAGCGGCCUGGAGCGCUGCGAGGGCGAGCAGGACAAGCGGCUGCACUGCUACGCCUCCUGGCGCAACAGCUCAGGCACCAUCGAGCUCGUCAAGAAGGGCUGCUGGCUGGACGAUUUCAACUGCUACGACAGGCAGGAGUGCGUGGCCACCGAGGAGAACCCCCAGGUGUACUUCUGCUGCUGCGAAGGCAACUUCUGCAACGAGCGCUUCACCCACCUGCCCGAGGCGGGCGGCCCGGAAGUCACGUACGAGCCACCCCCGACAGCCCCUACCCUGCUCACUGUGCUGGCCUACUCGCUGCUGCCCAUCGGGGGCCUCUCCCUCAUUGUCCUGCUGGCCUUCUGGAUGUACCGGCACCGCAAGCCCCCCUAUGGCCACGUGGACAUCCAUGAGGACCCUGGACCUCCACCCCCAUCCCCUCUGGUGGGCCUGAAGCCACUGCAGCUGCUGGAGAUCAAGGCUCGGGGGCGCUUUGGCUGUGUUUGGAAGGCACAGCUCAUGAACGACUUUGUGGCUGUCAAGAUCUUCCCACUCCAGGACAAGCAGUCGUGGCAGAGUGAACGGGAGAUCUUCAGCACGCCUGGCAUGAAGCAUGAGAACCUGCUGCAGUUCAUUGCCGCUGAGAAGCGAGGCUCAAACCUGGAGGUGGAGCUGUGGCUCAUCACAGCCUUCCACGACAAGGGCUCCCUGACGGAUUACCUCAAGGGGAACAUCAUCACAUGGAAUGAACUGUGUCACGUGGCAGAGACAAUGUCAAGAGGCCUCUCAUACCUACACGAGGACGUGCCCUGGUGCCGUGGCGAGGGCCACAAACCGUCUAUUGCCCACAGGGACUUUAAGAGCAAGAAUGUAUUGCUGAAGAGUGACCUCACGGCCGUGCUGGCUGACUUCGGCCUGGCUGUUCGGUUUGAGCCAGGGAAACCUCCGGGGGACACUCAUGGGCAGGUGGGCACACGGCGGUACAUGGCCCCUGAGGUGCUUGAGGGGGCCAUCAACUUCCAGAGAGACGCCUUUUUGCGCAUCGACAUGUACGCCAUGGGCCUGGUGCUGUGGGAGCUCGUGUCCCGCUGCAAAGCUGCCGAUGGACCUGUGGACGAGUACAUGCUGCCUUUUGAGGAAGAGAUUGGCCAGCACCCGUCACUGGAGGAGCUGCAGGAGGUGGUCGUGCACAAGAAGAUGCGGCCUGCCAUCAAGGAUCACUGGCUGAAACACCCGGGCCUGGCCCAGCUCUGUGUGACCAUCGAGGAGUGCUGGGACCACGACGCAGAAGCUCGUCUGUCCGCGGGCUGCGUGGAGGAGCGGGUGUCCCUGAUCCGGAGGUCUGUCAAUGGCACUACCUCGGACUGUCUUGUCUCCCUGGUGACCUCCGUCACCAAUGUGGACCUGCCCCCGAAGGAGUCGAGCAUCUAAGCCCAGGACAUGAGUGGAUCUCCAGACUCAGUGGAUCUGAAGAGGAAAGGAAAAAAAAAAAGUUGUGUUUUGUUUUGGAAAUCCCAUAAUACCAACAAACACGUAAAAUGCAGCUGCUAUUUUACCUUGACUUUUUAUUAUUAUUAUAAUUAUUAUUAUUAUUAUUAUUAAUAUUAUUUUUUGGAUUGGAUCAGUUUUUACCAGCACAUUGCUCUACUGUAUCGCAAACAGCGGACACGUCAGCAGGCGUUGAGGUGCUGAGCUGUGAAUGCAGAACCAGCGCCGUGCUGAGGAGCCUCGGCCACCUCCCGCCCUUCGGGGUUCAUUUUUCCCCCUUUCUCUUUGUUUGUUGUCUCAGAAUCUGUGACACAAAGAAACCCAUCUCCUGUCUUAGGAAACUUAAUGCUGCAAACUCUACCUAGAGGAACCUUUGAAGACUGUUACAUAAGAACACAUCUUCCUCAAAAGAGGAGUUUCCCUCUGCCCUCGUCCUCCACCCCACCCCCACCGCCCGCCUUUUACUCUGUUUUUCUCCCUUUUUAGACAGUGAGUUUAAGAAACAGCAGAUGUGUCUUUCACGGAUUAACGGGUGUUGUCCUGACCGAGGAAAAACUGGGCUGAGGAUGAGGAUGGUUUGGACCGGAGUUGGAGGGGAGGACAGAGCUGGGGGUGGGGUUUGGUGCAGAGCUACACUGGACCCGGGCAUAUUCGGAGCAACAUCCUUUGCUAUGAGACUACUUCUCAGGUAACCAGGAAUCGAGGGGAAGGAGUGUGUGGAGGCCAAGCAUUAACGGCAAGAGCAGGGUUUGGAGAAAGUCUGAAAUCAGGUGUGGCUCUGACCCAUCUGUUGGCCCUGACCAGUUUUUUCCACUCACUUGGGCUUGGGCAUAGGACAAAACAUUUUUUCUGCCCUGAUUUUAAGGUUAGGUAAGGGUAUAAAUCAUCACGGUUUAGUGAGUACAUUCUUCAUAAGACAUGAUACUGUAAAUAUCUUUAAUGGAGGAAAAGUUGAAAUAUGUACAUUGCUUCCUCCUGGAGCAGUUCAGGGAAAUGGCCAGAGGGGGCGCUCUGCACAGCCAGGGCAGGAGAGUUUCCUGGGUUGGACCUGCCAAGGCCUGCCCCUCCGGAGACCCCCGGAGUCCUGCAGUGCUGGCUCUGCCCUGUGUGGUGACGUUAUUGUCCCUUUCUGUGGCUCGUGAACACAGCUUUCUCCAGACCCUUUAAAGAGGUGCAUAUUCGAAAAACCGUUUCUCUGUUUUGCCAUAACCUUGCUCUCGUCAGUGAA